AUGGGCUGGUUCACAUCCGAACCCGAAAAACCAACCGCGACCUCGCGCACCGACCGACAAAAAUGCUGGGACGCAAGAGACACGUAUUUUGCGUGUUUGGAUGGUGCGAAAGUGAUCAAGGCGGGUACGGAAGGUGCGGGGAUCUGUGCGAAGGAGAGGGGGGCUUAUGAGGGGAGCUGUGCGAAGAGUUGGGUCGCGUAUUUCAACCAGAGGAGAAUAUUGGCGGAGAGACAAAAACCGAUGCUUGAGGCUGCAAAUUUGCAGGCUGAGGAGGCAAGGAAGAAGGCUUCGUCAUGA